CUCACUCACAUCGCACCCAUACCAACAAUGGCCAAAGUCCCUCGCAACUUCCGUCUGCUCGAGGAGCUCGAGAAGGGCGAGAAGGGCAUCGGUGACGGCUCGUGCUCCUACGGCCUCGAGGACUCGGACGAUAUCAUGAUGAGCCACUGGAACGGCACGAUCAUAGGUCCCGGACAUACCGUGCACGAGAAUCGUAUAUACAGCCUCAAGAUUACCUGUGGCGAUGACUAUCCUGAACGACCGCCAAUAGUGCAGUUCGUUUCGCGAGUGAAUUUGCCAUUCGUCAACCAGGUCGAUGGCAAAGUGGACCCCUCGAAGCUGCCGUGCCUCGCGAAUUGGAACAGGAAUAACAGUAUCGAGACCGUGCUUGUAGAGAUCCGGAGGGAGAUGGGAGCCUUCAACAAUCGCAAGCUGCCUCAGCCACCAGAAGGAAGUACCUUCUUCUAAUCAUGCUCGUCUACGCAUACUGGCAGAAUGCACACACCAUAUCACGACCCAAUUGUAGCAUUGUUCACAUGUAACAUGUCAAAUCACAAAUGAUCCGGUAUACGAGG